CCCCAUUCUACAAGUCAACGCUGAAAGACUAUCGCUGUGCUGUGGAUGACUUCCACCAGGUUGACCCAAGUUUCGGAACUAUGGUGGACUUUGAGAAUCUGCUUUCUGCUCUGCAUGAUAAAGGUAUAAAAACUAAUAAUUGACCUCAUUCCAAACCACACCAGCAAUAAACACGAUUGGUUCCUGCUGAGUAGGAGUCGAACAAAUAAAUAUACAGACUACUACAUCUGGAAGAACUGUACGGGGUUAGAUGACCAGGUUGUUCCUCCAAUAACUGGGUGAGCAUGUAUGGAAAACUCAGCUUGGGAGUACGACAGUGUCAGGAAACAAUGCUACUUUCAUCAAUUCCACAAAGAGCAACCCGAUCUAAAUUUCCACAAUCCAGACAUCCACAAUGAAAUUUUAGAUAUUAUCACUUUCUGGCUGGAGAAAGGUGUUGAUGGGUUUACAAUUGAUGCUGCCAAGUUCCUUCUUGAAGCUGAGCACCUCCGGGAUGAGCCCCAGGUCAAUAAAUUUCAAGAGUCGAAUUCAGUCACCUCUUACUCAGACCUCUACCACGACUAUACUACAACACAAGUUGGGAUGCAUGACACCUUCCGUGACUUCCGCCAGGCCAUGAAUAAAUUCAGCCGAGAGCCUGGCCGCUACAGGUUUAUGGGAGCAGAAUCCAAUGAUCAGAACGCGGUGGCAAAAACAAUGAUGUAUUAUGGAACUUCCUUCAUCGAAGAAGCCGACUUUCCUCUCAACUUCUACCUGCAUGACCUGAGCAAAGAUAUCUCUGGGAGCUUAAUAAAUAAUAUAGUGGAUCUAUGGAUGAAGUCUAUGCCUAAAGGAAAGUGGCCACACUGGAUGGUUGGAAGCUCCAGAAAUUCUCGCAUUGCAUCUCGGGUGGGGAAAGACUACGUAAAUGUGCUUAACAUGCUGCUACUGACUCUGCCUGGCACUCCAACAACUUACUAUGGAGAAGAACUGGGGAAUGGUUGAUAACCAAGCACUCAAUGAAAACUCCUACCUGUCUGGUGAAUAUGAUCCUUCUGAAUACCCAGAGAAGACUCCGAUGCAGUGGGACACAAGCUCAAAUGCUGGCUUUAAUGAUGGCAAUACAACAUGGCUGCCGGUCAACCAGGAUUAUAAAGAGCUCAAUGUUGAAGUACAGAAGGAGCAGGCGGAUUCCACCCUAAACCUGUAUCGGGACUUAGUGAAGCUCCGGCAGGGCGAGCUGCCUCUUCACAGGGGAUGGUUGUGUUAUGCGUUUUCAGACGCCAAUAUCUUUGCCUAUGUGAGAGAAAAAUGAUGGUUUAGAUAAGGUCUUUAUGGUGGUGCUAAACUUUGGCCAAACAGCAACCGUGAAUAUUAGACAGAAAAUCACAGAUUUUCCUACACAAGCAAAGAUCAGGUUAAGCACGAUAUCUGCCAACAAUGGGAAAAAUGUCGACACGGACACUAUCCGCACAGAGCGUGGAGAAGGAAUUCUAUUGGAGUACAAGACCAACAAACCUCUGCACAACAACAACGAUUUCAAAAGCAACUGCUUCAUAUCAGAAAAGGCUUGUUAUUCCAGCGCCUUCAAUUUACUGUAUAAGAAUUGCUGA